UGAAAAAAAGUGUUAACACUGUGAAUGUGAACAUCUGUGUGUUUUGCAGGUGACCAGGGCAGAUGUGGAUGUGCAGCCGUACGCCUUCACCACUAAGUCUCUUUUUGUAGGUCACAUGGACUACAGAUAUCUGCGCUGGCAGGUAGUGGACACCCCGGGGAUCCUGGACCACCCUCUGGAGGAGAGGAACACCAUCGAGAUGCAGGCCAUCACUGCCCUGGCUCACCUGCGCGCCGCUGUGCUCUACGUGAUGGAUCUGUCCGAGCAGUGCGGACACACACUCAGCCAGCAGGUGGAGCUCUUCAACAACAUCCGCCCGCUCUUUGCCAACAAGCCUCUCAUUGUUGUGGCCAACAAAUGUGAUGUGAAGAAGAUCAGUGAGCUGACAGAGGAAAACCAGAAAAUCUUUUCUGACCUGGUGUCUGAUGGGAUUCCUGUGAUCGAGAGCAGCACUCUGACAGAAGAGGGCGUCAUGCAGGUCAAGACUGAGGCGUGUGACCGGCUCCUGGCUCACCGAGUCGACGCAAAGAUGAAGACGAAGAAGGUCCAUGACGUGCUGAACCGCCUGCACCUGGCCAUGCCCAACAAGAGGGACGAGAAGGAAAGACCUCCGUUCAUCCCAGAGGGGGCGCUCCAGAGGAAGAAGGCCAUGGAGGUGGACCAACCCAAACGCAAAACGGAGCGCGACUUGGAGCUGGAGAUGGGAGACGACUACGUUCUGGAUCUGCAGAAGUACUGGGACCUGAUGAACAGCGAGGAGAAGCAGGACAAGAUCCCCGAGGUGUGGGAGGGACACAACAUCGCAGACUACAUCGACCCAGAUAUCAUGAAGAAACUGGAGGAUCUGGAGCGGGAGGAGGAGCUGCGAGAGCGCGCCGGAGAGUACGACUCGGACGAGGACAGUGAGGACGAGGAAAUGCAGGAGAUCCGCGUCCUGGCCAAGCAGAUCAAAGACAAGAAACAGUUGAUGGUCCUGGAGUCCAAGGAGAAGGACAAGCACGGGCCCCGCAUGCCCCGCACAGCCACCAAGGUGGAGAGGAAGCAGCUGGAGAAGGAGAUGGGCUCUCUGGGUCUGGACAUGGACGAUAAGGACGACAGUCACUACGCGCAGCAGGCCCGACGCUCUCGCAGUCUGGUGAAGAAACGCAAACGCGAGGCCUCCGCUCCCCCCACCUCCAGAACCCGCAGCCAGAGCGCGUCCAGACCUCCACGGGACAAGUCUGGACUCAGAGAUCCCAAGAUGAUGAAGAAGGCCAAGACCAUGAUGAAGAACUCUCAGAAGGGCAUGAACCGACAGGGAAAGAAGGGCGAGUCCGACCGACACGUGUUUGACCUCAAACCCAAACACCUGCUCGCCGGGAAGAGGAAGUCUGGCAGCACGGACCGCAGAUAAACCCCACCUCGACACCUGAGAACAUCUAUGGACGCCUGUGAACUGUGUGUGCGUGAGCAGAAAGGAAAAGUCUGCUGCAGGAGUUGGCCUGGAACACUGCAGACUAAACAGCUAGAAGGUCUUUAUAUGUGCUUCUACAGCAAUUUAUUGUUGUCCUCGUGUAAGACGAUCACAAAAUGAAAAUAUGUCCGCAAAAAAUGGUCCAUGACAAAACAAAUGUAUACGAUGUUGUGACAGGCCUGGUUGAGAGUCUGGAUUUCUGGUUCUCUGCCUUAUUCUAACAUGAAAGAUGACUCUCUCGUCAAUGAAUAUAAAUAUUAAAUGGUUGUCAUUUUUUUCAGAAUGCCUCAUAUUCUACAAAAUAUAAAAAUAUAUGAAAAUA